AUGGAAUACGCUGAAGAAGCUAUUGUAGUAUCAAGGAAAGCAGUAGAAUGUGAUAGUAAUAGUCAAAUGCAGGCAGCCAUUUAUUAUUAUAAAGAGGCUGCAACUUUAUUAGAACUUGCUUGGAAGAUACGUAAAGAUGAUCCUCUGGCGGAUGAAUGGUGUAAAAAAUCACACGACUAUAUCAAUAGAGCUGAAGCCUUGGAAUAUCAACGUAAUUCUUUAUUAAUAUUUGAUUUGAUAUUUAUAUUUAUAGAUAAUUAUUAAUACUCAACUGUUGGUAAUUAAAUUAAAAAAUAAAUCGACAUGACCAAUUUAUAAAAAUAAAAUGUAAUUGUAGGUGGGUACAUCUCAAAAGAAUAUAUUUUUGUUACGCAUUAAUACUAUAUAAUAUACCAAAACCAAAAUACAUUUUAUAACAGCAAACUUUUGUUAAUAAUUAAAUUUUCUUCCAGUCAUUUUGUUAUAAUUACUUAAUUUGAUUAGUCUCUAAAGGUAUUUAAAACCCAGUACUUCAUGUAAAAUUAUAAAAUUUAAACAUAUUAAGGGCAAAGUGAGAGUUGAAGUUCCAAAAGGCACUUCAUUGGCUCUUUAACACUAAAAUAAUACAUACCUAUUCUAAAUAUAAUCUCCCUUGGUUCAUUGGGAAAAUUAAUUCAAAAAACUAAUUCUCGAUUUAAAAUUAAAAAACAAAUGUCUUUUGAUAAUGUUUUUCAAUUUUUAAUAGUUAUUAUUUGGUAAGUAUUAUGUAGAUAAAAUUAAUUGGUCGAGGAAAUAAUGAUUUUGAGUUUCAUUACCUAUUUGGUAAAAUUGAAGGUGAGUAUUUUUUUCCUUUUGGUAUAAGUUUAAUUUUUGACCAAAGUCAUAAAAAUAUGACAUUUUAAAACACGUUAAACCAAACUUCAUAGAAUUGUUUUUUGUUAACAAUUUAUUAGUUAUAAUAUAUAAUUAUUUUUUGUUAUGCACAAAUGUAAAUUAAAUAACUAUAUUUUCCAACUUCACAUUUACAAUAGCAAUACAGAAUCGGCUCUUUUUUUUAUUAGGAAAUAAUUACUAAAUCACAGAAUUGAUUUUACUAAUUAAUUAUAUUUGCUAAAUUAUUUAAUAUAAUGAUAAAUAUAUUCCUAUGAUUUUUAUUUAUGAGUUGAAAAUUAGUAUUAAUAAGUUAAAAUUUAAAUAUCCCUUAAGUUAAUGUAUACAUGGUAUCUUGUGAGUUAUAAUGUUAAAUAUGUAAAAAUAACUUAAAUAAGGCUUCUAGAAUUUAUAGUUCUAUUUAUAAUCUCGUCAAUGUUUAUUAACAAUUUAAUUUAUUGUACUAAAAAAAAAAACCUCAAUACAUUUUGUUUAAGAAAAUUAAAUAUUUUUUUGUGAGGGGGCUGGGCCUUAAGAUAUUUUUCAUUUAUUCUAAUUCAUUUAUAUUUAUUAAAUUUCAGUUAUUUUGGUUUGAAUUGACGUAUGUCCAGUGAUCAUACUUCAUGACGUUUUUAGGACCAUGGCUCUUAUUAAUAUUAAAAAACAGCAAAUGUUUUAAUUUCAGUUGUGAUUAAAUAAUAGUAAUAUAUAGUAAUUUAAAGGAUAAAAGAAAAUUAUUUUCUUGACUUGUUAUUUCUUCCUAGUAAUGUCUCAUAUUUUCCUUGAUUUACAAAGCAGACGUGGUUUUUUGGUAGUAGAUAGUGUUAUGAUAUCUCAAUAUUUCAACCUACCAAAUAAUUUUAAUGAUUAAUUCUAUCAAAAAUGUAAUGUUGAUAUAAAUUUCAAUAAAGUAUUACUGCAAUUUUAUUUUAAUUUUCAAAUACUAUAAAUUACAAAAAUCAAAACACCUUAAGUUGUCUUAAUGUAUUAAUAACCAAACUAAUUUUUGAUAUAAAAUGGAUCUACUUUAAACUAGUGUUUAUUAAAUCAUUUAAUUGUUAUACAAUUUUAUGCUUAAAUUUGUUAUUAUUUCAAAAACUAUAUUUUGUUUCUUAUAAAUUUAUCUCCAAUUAUUUAUAAUAAAUAUUUUGAUUUUUGUAGUUCAAAAUGAAGCAGCUAAUAAUAUGGAAAAUAUUAAUCAAGAUAGAGUACGAUUAAAACAAUGUAAAUAUUUACUUAAACAAGCUUUGGAUAUUGAUGAGGCAGGUAAAGAAGAUUUGGCCAUUGAUUCUUAUACACAAGCAAUUGAACUUUCUUUAAAAGUGGUAAAUAAAAAAAUUAUAACAAAUAUAACUUAUAAUCUCUUUACUAUAAAUUAAUUACCUUUUUAAGUGUACUUAAAUUAAUUUAAUUUAUAUUAUAUAAAAAUUAAAUACUUUUUAUUUUAGAAAAAAGAAAUAUCUGAUGAUGAAAUGAUAAAAAAUUUAACUACUUUAAUUAAGAAAGCUUUAGACCGAGCAGAAAAAUUAAAACAAUCAAAGGAACAAACAUUGCAUAAUACACAUCACACUAAUAAUACAGGUAGUUUAUGAGGGUCAAGUUAUUUAAUAAAAUAUUAUACUUGUAUAGGUCUUUAACCGCUUAUUUUUAAAUUUAUAUAUAUAUAUAGUAGAAUCCGCUUAAUGGGAACACAGAGUGGUAAUCUAUUUGUCCCCAUUAUCCGACUGCUUCUAUUAACCAUGUAAUAGGUAUGUGCAUACAAUAAACUUUAUUUACAAAAUAUGUAUUUUAUAUUAACUUGAUUCAUACUUGGUUUAAAAAUUAUUAUUAGUAGUAUUAUUUUAUGGUAGUAAUAGUAAUAUUAUUAAUUGAUUAAUUGAUUAAUUUAUUAUAUAUUAAUUGAUAAACCAAAUAAGUUUUUCAAAAAAAAUAUGCACAUACUUAAUUUAUAAUUUGAUAGGCUGCAAAAAAUUGUCCAUUCUUAUGGGACUAUAUCCCUUAUUACCAAUAGUUUGUCCCUAAUAAACAAAGUUAAAUUGCCUAAUACGAAUAUAUUCGCCCAAGACUGCCAAUUUGUCCCCAUUAAGCGGUUGUCCUCUUUAUGCAAUGUCCCCAUUAAGUGAAUUCUACUGUAUGUAUAUUUAUAUUUUGAAGAAUUAUCUCCUCAUAAGUAUGGUUUAAUUUACAAAUAUUUUUUGAUUAAUUUUUGUGGUUUAUAUUGUUUCAUUAUUUGUACAAAUCAAUAUUAACUUUAUUCUUCUUAAGCAGUAAUAUUUUUCAUCUUAUUAUAAAAGUUUUAUUUUUUUAUAUUUAUAAAUUCAAUACCUUAUUUUUUUUAAAUUGUUUAUAUAUUUAAAGUAAAUUACUUUUUUAAUUAUGAUUAUUGAUUAUGAUUAUUGAUCCAAUUAUUUAUUAUUUAAAGUAUUAAAAAAAAAGCAUAUGGUAAAACAUUAUUUCUAUAUUAUCUUAUCUGUCAUCUUAUAUAAAAUCAAAUUAUUAAUAGAUAACCUAACCUAACCAGUUCUUUGGGUAGUUGUUAUUGUUUAAAUAUUUUUUAAAAUAAUUUAACUUAUAUAUUUUAGAAUAACAGAUAUGGGUUUCGAAAAAAUGUACAAUAUUACCAAAAAAGUGCUUCUUUUUUUUUUUUAGCUCUUAAGCCUUAAAAAAUUAGGCUAAAAUAUAUUUUUUAUUUUUUAAAAAGUGAUAAACCAAGCAAUGUAUAGAACUCAAAAUGUUAAAUAAUUCAUAUUUGUUCGGAAUUUCCAAUAUGUGUAAUCUUGAAUAACUUCAAUUUUUAAAACACCCAUACCUGUGAAUUAAAAAAUCUAGGUAUGUGUACUUUGCUGUAUCAUUUGUAUUGUAACAAUCAUCUUCAAAAAUUCAAAUCUUCAAAUUUGGUCAUAAAUUGAUUUUAUAGCAAAAAUAAAAUUCCCUGAGUCACAUUCUACUUUAUUUAUUUACUUAAUUUUGGCCUAAAAUUGUAAUUUAUGAUUUAUGACUUCUUAUUGCUCAAGGUGCUUCAAGCCGUCAAAAAAAGUUGUACGCUCCUGAAUUAUAUUUUUAUAAAAAUAAAAUAUUUUGCUCAUAUUUGACAAUUUUUACAGUAAAUUUGAUAAUUUUCUUAUAUUAAAAAAAAAAAAAAAAAAAAUGUUUUGUUAUAUUUAGACUUGACCAGUAUUUAUUUUAAUACAUUGGGGCUGUUGCAAAAUUGAAGUAUUAGUAAACGUAAUUUAAACGUAUUAGUUAUUAAUCAUAGUUUUAUUGAAUCCAUUUUGAAAAUACAUUGCCAUUGUGAUAUUUUACAUUUCUUUUCAUGAUCUUCAAAUUUUAAGCUUUAAAUUUUUAGUUACCAAUAUUACAAAAAUAGUGAUAUGUUUAUUAAUUAAUUGUACAAAACCAUUUUCAUAUCCUCAUAUUCAUGAACUGUAUAUUAUUGAUUUUAUAAAUAAAUGAUGCACAUUUUUGAAUACAAAUUAUUAAUUUGUAGGGCUCGGAAGUUAUAACAUUUACAUUAUUAAUUUUUACAUUUUGAAAAUUUAAGGUUUUUAUUCAUUUUUAAAAUGAAAUUUCAAUAGUCUUUUGACAACAUUUUUUGCAUAUUUUUGAAUUUGAGUGCUACUUAUAUCACUUAAAUUGUUGUUUUAUGUGGAUGUUAAAGCAUGAAAAAUUAAACUUGCUUAGUGCUAUAACUUCCAAUUCCUAUUCAUUAGUAUGCAGUUUACAUUUAUAAAGAACUAGUGAUUAUAAUUUGUAUUUAAAUGUUUGUAUGUUUAAUACCUAUGUAUUAAUAUAAUUAUUUGAAAUGUGAUAAUUGUGUUUAUUUUAUUUUGUUAAUUGGAUUUGUAUAACAACAUUUAAAACAAAUAUAACAACUAAUAAAUUUACAGUAUUCAAACAUUGCUCAAUAAGUUUUAUUCAUAUUGAUCUCAUAUGUUUUAAAUUGCUUAGUUUAAAUAUGUAGUAUGUUUUUCCAAAUAAUUAAACAUUUUAAUUUUUUUUUUUGUGGAGACACCAUAUUACUGUGUGUAUAUGUGUAUGAAUGUAAGAAAAAAAGCCAAUUUAUUUUGUAUAAUAUAAUUAGUUUUAUUAAAUGUUAAUAAUUAUAUUAUUAUUCUAUAAUAAUAGCAAUAGCAUUUAAUACUGUUUAUUGAUUGUUUAAUGUUUUUUUUUGUUUUUUUUUUUUUUUUUUAUUAAAAACUAUUCAAUUUAUUUUUAACUUCAGUAAUUUUUAUGGUGGGAAAAUUGAAGGUAGGUCGGGGGGAAAAAAUUAAUAGUACAAAAUAUACAGAUUGUCUUUUUUUUCAGUGGCUUGUUAUUCCAUGGCUUUUUUUUCGUGGUCAUUUUACCUGAUUACCAUGUGUCUAUACUAGCUGUAACACGAAGAUAUGACAUCGGAAAUAACUUUUGUUCUGUUUAAUAAAUUCUGUUAAAAACAAUUGAAAUGUUUGUUUUUAAUUUAAAAAACUAUAUGAAAUAUUAUAAAAAGCUAUUGUAAUAAAAGGCCAGUAAGAAAAAAUUAUUGAACAGAGCAAAAAUUGUCAGAUCUUUGUAUUACUGCUUGCGAAUAUAUAUUUAUUACUUUAUACCUAUAUAAAGUUUAGUUAAACAGUUAACAUUAACUAUAAAAAAAUGUAUUUAUGUAUGAUAAUUUUAAUUUUUGCAUUAUUGUGUACAUUUAACAUAUCAUUUUAUAGAUUUAAUAACAAUUUUACAUUUUUUAUUUUACAAAUAAUUUUUUUACCAUUUGUGUUCUUAUAUGAAAACUAAUUGCUUAUUUAAGUUAGCAUUAUUUAAUGUUUGUAUAAUAUUUUAUUAAAUAAAAUUAUUAUUUAUUGCAAUUUAAUUAUUGUUUGAAAAACAAAACAAAAAAUAAUUUUGUUGAAAUGUAUUAUAAAUACAAAAACAUUAGUUUUUUAAGUUAAUGGAAAAUAUUUGCCACUUAAUUAUGAUUAUAAAUUAUAUGUUUAUAUAAAUCCUUUUUUAUUAGCUUCAAAAAAAAAAAUUGUUUACUAACUUAAAAUGCAAAAUUUUAAGUGAAAUAAAUUAUAAAAACGAAGUACCAUUUUACUAUUUGUUAAUGUAUACAGAUUCUAUUUUAAUCUUAAUACAUAUAUUUUUUUUUCAGUAAAUUUGUUGGUUUUACUAUUGUGUAUCAUGCUUAAUAUAUUAAAAGUUGUCUAUUUCAUAUACAAAUUGUCAUAAUUAUAAGUAUAGACAAUAUUAUAAUAUAAAAUUAAUAUAUUUAUCUUUUAAUGAAAGAAUGUGUUUGUUUGAGUACUCAAUUAAAUUAACUUAAAAAUAGUUUAUUUGCAAUAUGUAUAAUUUAAAUAAAUAAAUAGACCAAUUUUUUUUCAUGACUACCCUGUUUAAAACUAUAGAAAAAUUAAUUCAUAAUUAAUUUUCUAAUAAACCACAAAAAAAAUACUUAUUGAUUAACAGUACAAUCGUAUACAAUUAUACAAAAACUUAGGUAUUUUCAAUUAUUAUUUGUAAAAUUUGUAUAGAAAAAAUAUGAUAAAAUUACUUUAAUUUAAUAAUAACUAAAUUAUAAUAAUUAAAAAAAAAAAUGCGUAAAAAUUUUUAAUUAUACAGUUUCAAAAGCUUAAUAAAUAUGUAUUAGCUUAAAGUUAGUAGGUAUAUAACAUAAUUUUAUUUUUUUUAAAAACAUUUAUGAAUAAUUAAUAUGCCAUAUAUUACAAAUAAUUCUUUAUUCUACCUAUGCAAUUUUUAUAAUGUGUAAAAUAGAUAUUUUUUUCCAGCGCCAUUUCAUAAGAAAAUCAUUCUAAAUCAAAUUCCUAAAAUAUCAAACAUAUCUAAAAGUGAUCUUUAUACUGAAGCAGAAAAACGAGUUUUAUGGACCACAUCAAAAAUUAAUAAUAAAGAAUAUGUUCCUUUUAUGGAUGUUGAUUUAUUAGAAAGGUAAUUUAAAUAAAUUAGUUUAAAAAAUAAUAAUAAUGUUUGUAUAUUUCAAAAAUUUGUUGUGAAAAAAAAAUUAGAUUAAUUAAAAAAUAUAAAAUAAAAGUUAGGUAGAUACCAAAAACAAUUUAUAAAUAAUACACCAAAAAAAUAAAUUUAUUGUUAAAACUUAAAAUUACUUUUAAAGUGUCAACAUUUUUUCUUAAAAGGUUUCGGUUGUCAAUUCCAUUUACCGACAGUGAUGGUUUGCUGACAUUAUCAUUGGAUCAAAAAGAGAGACUUUUACAUUGGAUAAGACCUGAUCAAUUAUCUUCUGAUCCAAAAAUGAUAGUCGGAGACUGUAUAAGUUUUUACAGCAUAAAACAAACAGUAAUAAUAAGACAAUUAUUAUUAUAAUUAUGUUAUAAUUUAUAUAAUAAUUAACAUAAUUAAGAAGCAACCAUCAACCGACUUGAUAAUUUUAAUUUUAUAUCCAUAAUCUUUUUUAAAUUUUAAUGUGCAGAUAUUAUGUUAGAUAUAGGUUUUUACUAAUAUCAGUAAUUUAAUUCAUUAUAGUACAAUAUAUUUUAAUCUAAUUGGUUUUUGAAGGAUAAGUAGUAAUGAAUACAAAAUAAUAAUUAAAAUGAGUGAAUUUCUUCAAAUAUUAUCUUUUACCAUGUUAAAUUUUUGAAUCAUUUAAAAUUUAAAAACAGUUAUUUAUGGAAAAUGAAUCUAAAUUCAUUUUUAUAAAUUUGUGAAAUGUGUUUUAUAGGUUGUGACUGACUGUUCAUUUGUAGCAUCAUUAGCUGUUUGUGCUGUUUAUGAAAAAACAUUCAAAAAAAGAUUGAUUACAUCAAUAAUCUACCCCCAAAAACAAAAUGGACAACCUGUCUAUAAUCCAUUUGGUAAUGUAGUUUAUUAUUUUUUUACGGUUUUUUAACUGCAAAAUAAUCAUUUUGAAAUAAAUGUUCAAAUUAUCAGGUAAAUAUAUGAUUAAACUUCAUUUGAAUGGAAUACAGCGCAAAGUUAUAAUUGAUGAUCUAUUGCCAGUUGGAAAGUAUAACUCAUUAUUGUGCUCCCAUUCAUCUAACAAAAAUGAAUUUUGGGUUUCGCUAAUAGAAAAAGCUUAUCUUAAAGUAAUGGGUGGUUAUGAUUUUCCAGGAUCUAGCAGUGUAAGUUUUAUAUUUAAUAUGCUCAAUAUUUUAUUAACCAUUGGAAUUCAAAAUUACUUUUGAUUAAUGAUAACUAGGGCACUGAUUUUUACGGUUAUAAGUCAAAAUUUGUAAAUAUUUAUGUUGUUAUUUUUGUCAAAAUGUAAUUUAAAAAUAUGAAAUAUCCAAUUUAAAAAUUUUAAUUUUCAAUUGUAAUCAUACAAAAAGUGUUGUAUGUUUAGGUUUAUUAAAUUAAUUUGAAUUGGGUUAAAUGUUUAAGUUUUAAUUAUUAAUCAUCUUGGAAACAACGUACAUUUGGAUACUACCAAAUUUAAAUGUAUGGCGGUUAGGUUUCAAACUCUCAAAAUUGAUUUGUAGCAACUGAAGGAGUAUUUCAAUAUUAAAUUUUUUUCGAAUUUCAUACUUGAAUCUAUGCAGAUGAUAAAAAUUCAAUAUCCAUUGAUAUGUUUUCAUUUUUAUUCAGAAUAAUAUUUUAAAUACCUUUUAAUAUAAUAAUGGUUAGUGUCAAUAUUUCUGUUAAAUUUAAUAGGUAUCUACAGAUGAAUAUGUAAAAAAUUUGUCAAAUAUGUACUUAUUGGUAAAAUAUUUAAAAAUAUGUGGAAGUAUGUAAAAUCUUAUUUUAUUCAACAUGUUAAUUUUUAAUCAGAAUUAAAAAAUCUGCAUUUGAUAAAAUUAUGUAUUUACAUAAAAAUCUGUGCCCUAAUGAUAACUUUGCAUUUCCGAUAUGGAAACUAUAGUUGUGCAAUUGGAUUAAUUUAUAAAAAACUGAGCGUUGUUUAUAGAACAUAGAUCUUCAUGCUUUGACUGGCUGGAUACCAGAACGCUGUGUUAUUCAUAUUGAUGAUAAAACAUUUAAUGCUGAGGGUCUGUUUGAUAUCCUGUAUACAAGAUUAUGUAAAGGUGAUGUAUUAAUUACAGUUGCAACACCUCCAAUGACUUCAAAAGAAGAGAAAAGAACUGGUCUUGUUUCUUCACAUGCAUAUGCUGUUUUGGAUGUGCAAAAAGUGAAUGUAAGCAACAUAAAUACAGUUUAUUAACACUUAUAUAUUAUUAUCCAUUUGUUUUUGUUUAGUGUGUGUAUUAAAUAUGUGUGUAAACAACUUUUUGAACAAAUUAAUUUAGGAUUGUAAAUUAUUAAAAUUGAAAAAUCCAUGGGCACAUGUGCGGUGGAAAGGACGUUAUUCAGAGAUGGAUGAAAAAAGUUGGACACCCACAUUAAGAGAAGUGCUUGAUUAUGAUCCAACGAGUGCUGCUUCAUUUGAUAAUGGAAUAUUUUGGAUUGAUUAUACAUCAGUAUUACAUCAUUUUGAUGUAUUUUGUAUGAAUUGGAAUCCGUCGUUAUUUCCAUUCACAUCAUGCAUACACAAGUAUAUAAAAUUAAAUAUUUAUAAUUUAAGAAAAAAAAAUUAAUUUAAAUAUCAUAUUUUUACAUACUAUUAGAACGUGGAAUACUACAACAGGUCCCAUUAGCGAUCGAUACAAUAUAAGUGAAAAUCCUCAAUAUUGUCUAGAUGUUGGUAAUGUUAACAGUGGUGCUGUUUGGGUUUUAUUGACUCGUCAUAUUACAGAAAUACAAGAUUUCAAAGAAAAUCGUGAAUAUAUAACUGUCGUAGUAUAUAGAAAUGAUGGAAAACGUGUUCAUUACCCAAGUAUAUAAAAUUUUUUUAAACAAAUUUUAAUAAAUAAUGAAUACUGUUAAAUUUAAUUUUUUUUAGAUGAACCUGAACCAUAUAUAUCAGGGGCCCGUAUUAACAGCCCUCAUUAUCUCAGUAAGAUAGUUCUUAAUGACAAAACGCCAUCAAAAUUCACACUAGUUGUGUCUCAAUAUGAAAAAAUGCAUACAAUUCACUAUACCUUACGGGCUUAUGCUACAUGUCCUUUUACAAUGAAUGAACUUAAUAAUGCCAAAUUUAAAACUGUAAAUAAUUUAAAUACAAAAACUAUUUUUAAGAAAUUACUAUAACAUUUAAUAAAAUAUUUAUUAUAGACAGUUAAUGGUGAAUGGAAAGGCAUAAGAGCUGGUGGGUGUAAAAAUCAUAAUACAUAUAACAAUAAUCCCAAGUUAAGGGUAACAGUAGAUGGAUUUAUGGAAACUGAAGUAUUACAAAUUGAACUGAAGGCACCAAAACAGUAUCAAAUUGGCAUUGAAAUAUUAUGUAUUGGUUUAACUAAUAUAAAUGCUACAGCAAAAUUUAUAAGCAAAUCUACUGGGGACUAUAGGUUAGUUAUGUAUUUAUUAUUUUAUUUAUUAAAUAAAUCAAAUAUUAGAUAAAAUAUUUUAUUAGGAUAAAAUACAUUACAAAUCUAAAUGAAAAAUUUUAAAAUUAUCAAGAUAAUAAUACAAAUUUAAAAUUAUUAUUACACAAUUUUUUUUUCUGAAUAUAUAAAUCAUAAAAUUAUUAUUUAAUCACUGGAUUUAUUAGUGUUACGUGUAAAUAUGUUUAAAUAUUUUCCACGUGUCAUUUCUUUAGCUUCUUCCAAGCCUAAAUUAUAAGCAAAAUCAUAUAGGGACUUUAAUUCAUCUAAAAGUGGAGGCAAUGGCAUUUGACUAUAACGUUGUACUAGUAACAUAUCAUGAGCAUCUGGUGGUUGCUUCCAUGAUGGUAGUUUAUCUGUUGCACUAGAUGCACGUAUAUGUUGUGCGAAACCAGACAUUCCAGGCAUUGGUUCAGGCCAUAGUUCCGGCGAUGACCGAUCAAGCGUUUCCAUCGCCACUAAACACUGUUGUUUUUGUUGAUCAAGUUCUGGCAUAGUCUUCUCAGCUGGGCGUAUGACGCAAUACAUGCGUCGAUAUGAACAUUCGGCUUCAUUUGACAUGUAAUGAAACAAAUAAAACAUAAAAAAAACAGUUUACGUUUAAUAAAAAAUACCAACACUAAUAUAUUAGUUCACUAAAAUACUAAAAGAAAUAAAAAAACUUCAAUAUUUUUUUUAAUUAAAAAAGUAUUUAUGUUAAGAAUAUAAUAUAUCAUAAUACUAAUUAUAAUUAAAUAAUUAUUAAUUUUAGUUUUUUAAUCAAUAUUACACUUUCAGAUCUGGGUAUGUAAUUUUAGAAUUAUCCGAUAUUCAGCCUGGAACAUAUGAAAUAAUUCCUUCUACAUUCUUCCCUGGUAAUGAAGGACCAUUUAUACUAACUGUAAAUUCUUCUUGUUCAGUUAGUAUUAAUCAAAUUCAAUAA